CUGUCAAUCAUGGCUUCCCUUGUUCAAUUUUGCUUCCUCUUCUCCACCCUACUCUUCACCUCCACAACAUUUGCCCAACAAUCUUUCAGACCCAAGGCCCUCGUCGUUCCGGUCACCAAAGACGCUUCUACCCUCCAAUACACCACUCGUAUUGCUCAACGAACCCCUCUCGUCCCCAUCAGCCUAGUUCUCGACCUCGGCGGCCAGUACCUCUGGGUAGACUGCGAGCAAAAUUACGUGUCCUCCACUUACCGUCCGGCGCGUUGCCGCUCCGCACAAUGCUCACUCGCCGGAGCCAGCAGCUGCGGGGACUGCUUCUCAUCCCCGAAACCUGGCUGCAAUAACAACACGUGCGGCGUCAAUCCUGACAACAGCGUCACGCACACCGCCACCGGCGGUGAAGUUGCCCACGACGUAGUGUCUAUCCAGUCGACGACAGGGUCCAACCCCGGCCAAAACGUCACCGUUUCCAACUUCCUAUUCGCCUGUGCGCCGACGUUCCUCUUAAGCGGCCUCGCCUCCGGUGUUUCGGGCAUGGCUGGUCUGGGAAGGACUAAGAUAGCACUCUCUUCGCAAUUUGCUUCAGCAUUCAGCUUCAAAAGAAAGUUCGCCCUCUGCUUAUCCUCCUCCACCUCCGCAAACGGCGUCGCUUUCUUCGGCGAUGGCCCCUACACUCUCCUCCCCGGAAUCGACGUAUCCCAGUCCCUCACAUACACUCCUCUCUACAUCAACCCCGUCAGCACUGCCUCCGCUUUCUCCCAGGGUGAUGCCUCGUCUGAAUACUUCAUCGGCGUGAAGUCGAUCCAGGUCAACUACAAAGCAGUCGCUAUUAACACCACCUUACUCUCCAUCAACACCACCUCCGGCGUGGGUGGGACCAAGAUCAGCACUGUGAACCCCCACACUGUUCUAGAAACUUCCAUAUUCAAAGCCGUAACUGAAGCCUUCAUAACCGAGUCUGCGGCUAGGAACAUCUCUAGAGUGACCGCCGUGGCUCCCUUCGAGGUGUGUUUCAGCACGGAAAACGUGUUUAGCACGCGUCUGGGGCCGUCGGUGCCGGAGAUCGACCUAGUGUUGCAGAACAAGAGCACGUACUGGAGGAUAUUCGGGGCGAACUCGAUGGUGUCCGUGAGUGAGGACGUUUUGUGCCUGGGGUUUGUUAACGGCGGUGAAAAUCCGAGAACUUCGAUUGUGAUCGGCGGGUACCAGUUGGAAAACAAUCUUGUACAGUUUGAUUUGGCGGCGUCGAAGGUUGGCUUCAGUUCGACUCUGUUGGGUAGGCAAACUACAUGUUCCAACUUCAACUUCACCAGUGUUGCCUAGAUAAUGUUUUCUUGAUCGAUCUCUAUACAUAUAUACAUAUUCGUUGAAUAAUAUAAAAGCAUACACGAUACGUGUAUAGUUAAUAAUCGGCCAACAGUGAUCUAGUUGGACCAUAUACGUUUCUUUUUUUGUAAUG